CAGUCAUAGUGGGCGGGGCUGCUCAUGAACUCCAAUAACCAAUGGUUGCUUAAAGCCCUGCGACGUCAUAGCAUGACCAACCAGUUCAGUCUGUCUACUUUCACUUUCCUUUAACUAUAAAUGGUGGCGUUUUUGUGAUCAAGCUAGGCUAGACUGACAAUCCGAUCAAUACAUCUGAAAGUAUUUGGUUUUUUGUUUUGUUUUUUUCAUCCCAGCGUCACUUUUGCGCCCGAAGACCUAGCUUGCACAACAGGUGAAAUCAUGGAUGUUUUGCUUGAGGAAAUAAGAAGCCAGGAUGAAGCAGCAGCUUCUGUGCUGGAACAGGCAGAUUUACAUAGUGACUCAGAUCUCCAGUCACUGACUUUACAAGACCUGGGUGAGCUGUUCCCUGGAGUUAGACAUGUCAAACUGAGAAGGAAAAUCUUUAAUAUAAUACAGACGCUGAAACCAAUUGAUGUGCUCAUAAAAGAAUUCAAGGACUUCAUCCCACAUGAAUCUCUCAGGGCUGCCUUAACCGAACAUGGGGUCUUGGUCAACUACCUGAAAAUGUUGAAGGAAAUGAAGAUCGAAAUGAAUAAAGUGCAGGAUUUCCUUGAUGCACAUAUCAAUCUACUGGAGGACUUCAGGAAAUCUCAACCAUCGCAGGACCAGGACAAAGAUUCUUCAUCAAGUAGUCCAGAGAAGCACCACAAUAGCCAAACAUGUGAGCCUUCACAAAAACAACAAGCCACACUGAAGUACAAGAUGGUGAUAAGUGGACAAACCUUUAGUGCCCAUCAACAGAUACUGGAAAAAGUAAAGACUUUAAGUGAGGAUCCAGAUUUGAAUUUGAUCGAACAGAAAGAAAGCAGUCAGGAUUGCCAGGCCAUUAUUGUCUUCUGUCCCAUUGUUUCACGUAUGGGGACAGAUAUUGAGGCAGCCAUGACGCAAGUCAAAGGUUCUCAGCCUGUCAUUCUGGUUUUGAUGCAUCACACACAUGAACCCAGACAUGUAACUUUUAUGAAAACAUGGGAUGGCGUUUCUAAUGUUGUGUUACUAUUCCAUGUUUUCUACCAUGAGACAGUGCAUGGAUUGUUGCAGUGUCAGCAAAAUAACAGUGCCAUUUCUGAAAUUCGAAAUGCAUUACUGGAGCACGCAGAUAUCCAGACAAUUAAAGAUACAAGUGGAAAGACACAGAAUGUGGCUGCUGAAAGUAGUAGUGGCUAUAGUUUUGGUAGGUUGAUACCCAAAUACUUUGGUAAGUAAUGAUAGUGUAAAGUCAGAAACUGUAAUGGCUUGUGUCAACAGCAACACUAAAAUAAACAAUUCAAGACAUGAAAUACUAUUUCUUAAAUGUGCCUUUCUGCAUCAACCAGUCAGCACCUGCUUAAUGCAACUAAGAAAUAUUAGAUUUUACAAGCUAGAGUAAAAUAAAAAAAGAUACUUAUUUCAAUGCUUCAUUGCAAAAGCUUUUUAACAUUCCACUCAGUUAUGUAGUGUUUACAACCCGACCAAUUCAUUGUGUGUGGUCAAUAAACAUGUAAAUAUA